AUGAAAUACGAACGAGUGACUUCACAACCAGAGAAUCCAUACUCCAAGCUCAUCCCCGAACAACAUAUCGCCGUUAUCCCAGAGUUCAGCCUUGAGAGCGGUGGUGUCCUGUACAAUGUACCGGUAGCAUACAAGACAUAUGGCACUCUGUCGCCUGCAGGCGACAAUGCCAUGGUCAUCUGCCAUGCCUUGACCGGUAGUGCUGAUGUUGGCGACUGGUGGGGUCCUCUGCUUGGAGGGCCUGGCAAGGCAUUCGACAUGUCGCGUUUCUUCGUCGUCUGUCUGAACAGUCUCGGCAGCCCUUACGGAAGUGCGAGUCCAGUCACGAGCAAGGAUGGAAACACACAGAACGAGCAUUACGGUCCUGAGUUCCCCUUGACCACUGUCAGAGACGAUGUCAACAUCUUCAAGCUCGUGCUGGACGAUCUGGGUGUCAAGCAGAUUGCUGCUGUUAUUGGUGGCUCCAUGGGUGGUAUGCUCGUCCUUGAGUUCGCCUACUUUGGCAAGGACUACGUACGCUGCAUCGUGCCCAUUGCGACGUCGGCUCAAUACAGUGCUUGGGGUAUCAGCUGGGGAGAGGCCCAAAGACAGAGCAUCUACAGCGACCCAAAGUAUGACGACGGUUACUACACCUUCGAAGACCCUCCAUCGACUGGUCUCGCAGCCGCGCGCAUGUCAGCUCUCUUGACCUACCGCAGUCGCGAUUCCUUCGAGUCCAGAUUCGGCCGCAACACACCCGACCCUUCGCGUAAACAGAACAUCAAUGGCUCCUUCAGACCCUCCACUCCUUCAAGCGACCACUUCGCCAUCCACAACGAAGGCCACAAACACGCUGGCUCUCCUCGCUACAGCCGUGUCAACAGCUCCGCCGACCUAUCUACCUCAACCGAGUCCCUACUUCCAACCAACACCCCUCCCCAAACAAUCAUGGACCCUCAAUUCCACGGCACCACACCUCUACCCACCAACGCCGCUCCUCCCAACCUCAGACUAAAGCGCACACCCACCUACUUCUCCGCCCAAUCCUACCUACGCUACCAAGGCGAAAAAUUCAUCAAGCGCUUCGACGCAAACUGCUACAUUGCCAUUACCCGCAAACUAGACACCCACGAUGUAUCCCGCGGCCGCCUGCCCGCCGACUCCCAAACCACCACUCCAGUUGCCGAUGCCCUCGCUUUAAUCGAACAACCAACACUAGUUCUCGGUAUCCAAUCCGAUGGCCUCUUCACCUACGCAGAGCAAAAAGAACUCGCUGCUGCAAUUCCAAACGCAGUGCUUAAGAACAUCGAUAGUCCUGAAGGCCAUGACGCUUUCCUGCUUGAAUUUGAACAGGUCAAUCGUUUCGUGCUGGACUUCUUGCAUGAAGUGUUGCCGGAUAUGAUGGCCAGAGAGCCUGUAGACUUUAGCAAUACCGACGGCGUUGAGGGCGACCAAGCAGUAAAGACAUCGACCUUUGGAGAGGCCGAAGUUGGUGAUAUCACCGCUUGGUAG